AUGGGCUCCAGCCCAGCCCAGCCCAGCCCCGCGCCAGACGACACGUACGUGGCGCGCAAGACUAAUGGCAAAGCUGGGUGGCGCUUUUGCCGUCGGCCCCACAGGUCAGCCGCGCCCACGUGCGCGACGUACCCCCCGGCGUGCCCGCCCUCCGUCAGCGCGAGCGCGAGCCGGGCGCACGGAAAAGACAGCCACGUCGUAGCUGACCCCCACCGACCCGUGGGCCCGGGAUGGGCCAUGGCCAGGGCGUGGACGCAGACCUUUCCUGGCGAGGAGGGGGAGGGGAGGGGAGGGGAGGGCGGGGCCCGCUGGCCCUCCCUUCCCACGCGACGCGACGGGCGCUACUCCUUCUCCGCCUCUCCAACGCCAGCGCCAACGCCCCUCACCCUCUCCCGCCGCUAUAAAUACCCCUCUGCCUCGUCGUCCCCAGCCCAGCCCCCACCGUCUCCCUCCCUCCCCACCCACGCGGACAAAUUUGUUUCUUCCCUGCGUACAACCCAGCCCAGCAGAAGCAGCCAGCCGCGCCGCCUCCCCCUCCCCCGCCGCCCCCCGCCGCCGAUCUGGCCGGAUCGCGCCCCGGAUCGGCCGCCGCCCGCGCGCAGGUUAAGGGCAACCAGACAGGGCUGUUUCUUGGCUGGACAUCAUCUGAACCAUCUCCAAGUGCCAGAGAUGGAUCAUACUCAACCCAGGGAUGGGCAUGGCAAUGAACCUGUGCCUUUAGGUCAGAUGCUUUUUGAGCAUUCGGGUAGUGAUGCACCCCUUAGACUUGGUCCUCCAGGCUUUGGGAGUAUGGCAAGUAGAUCAAAUGACGUUCCAUCUUCAAGUCAUGCUACACAGUUUCCAGGUCAUAGAGUUGUGAACCUAGGGACCUCACAUGUUUCAUUAGUUCCCUAUCGCACUGCAAGAUCCAGCGGCCAUGUACCAUAUGAUGCUCAGCCGAAACCUGCCCUAAGUUCCCAUGUGGACAACAGAAUGGUUGCAAUGAAGCGAAAGAACCUCCUUCCUUCAGUGGAGGGAAUGGACGCUGUUGACUAUUAUGUUGGCAGCUCUUCCAACAGUCACUUCUCUGAUUUUGUGCAGCCAAAUCCUAGUGCACUUACUGAGCCCUUGCAUCCGCAAGUGCCUUUAAGCGUUGGUCCAAGCAACUGGAUUGACCAACGCUUAGUUAAUCAAGAAGGAUCUCAGAGGAAUGUCAGAGCACGUCAUGAUAGUGCUAAUGUUUCGUUGGAACCUAGGCCAGCUUCAACUUACACACCAAGUAACAAUCAUCAGCUGCCAUUCCAUUCAGCCACAAGUGCUUUCGUAAGUACGGCAGCAGAAAGGAACCAAGCACCUUUUUCUGUGCCAACAAGAACAUUACCUUCAGGUGGCACUGGGAUCACUGGUAGGAUCUACCAUCAUCCUAUGCCUAUGCAUAGCAGCAGCUCAAGUGUCGCUGCUGCCCCAACUGUCCAUGGUUCUUCAAACAGUGCGAUGUUUGCCAAUGCUGGCUUUCCUGCUCCUAGAGCUGUUCAUGGCUCAGGUGCUGCUGCUGCCCCAACUGUCCAUGGAUCUUCAGACAGUGCGGUAUUUGCUAAUGGUGGCUUUACUGCUCCUAGAGCUGUUCAUGGUGGCGCCGUUCCUAGCUACGGCCAUCCAUCCUCCACAGUUUCCUCUGGCUCAAGAGCAUUUUCCCAUGAUGCAGUCAUUCCGAACUAUCCUGCUUCUACCUCUACAUCCAUUAGGAUCAAUCUGCCAUCUCCUAUCAGUACUGCGGCAUCUUCUAGGCAUGCAAGGGUAUCCAUGGCACAUGCCAGCACUGGAAGGAAUAGAUUCGUAGAUAGGAGCUCAUUCCAUUUGAUCGCUGAGACACAGCGGGUUAUGAUGGAGCAGUUGGCUUUCUAUCAACAAUCAAGACAAGCAGCUGCUGACCCCCACAGGGACUUGAGACUGAACAUUGAUGAAAUGAGUUAUGAGGAACUGUUGGCCUUGGAGGAAUCCAUAGGUACUGUGAACACCGGCCUUGCCGACGAAAAGAUUUCAGGUUGUGUGAAAGAAGUGGUCUGUUGCAGUUCUGAUGAGGAGCAAGACGACGAAGAUGAUGGGCGCUGUCUAGUCUGCCUGGAGGAGUACAAAGACAAUGAUCUCCUAGGGAUACUGAAGUGCAGGCACGACUUCCACACCGACUGCAUCAAGAAGUGGUUGCAAGUGAAGAACGCAUGCCCGGUAUGCAAAUCCGCCGCGGCUUAGGGCUGGAGAGGAAGCAGAAUAACCGAUGUUCCUCUCCAUUGAUUCUAGAUUGAGAUUGAGUUAUGCCGGUCCCCGGUCCAUUCUUUGGUGCCUGAGCCAUGGAAAUAAGUGCGCUAGGACCGCUUGUUUCGUGGGUUGCUGUAGCUGUGUUAUCAUGUCUUGCUGUAAAAACUUUCAUUCAACAAGCAAUUGGUAGAGAUAUUCUCCAGCCAUUUAUUUA